UCUAAUCCUCCAAAGUAAAUCUUGUAUCUUGUGUUUUUUCUUUAUCCCAGCAGGUGAGGGUAGAAGAAAGCAGUCAUGUGGAGCACAAUUUAGUCAGAAACCAGUUUUCAUGACCCAUGAGAGAAUCCAAGCAGAAGAGAAAGCAUAUAAAUGUGUUGCAUGUGGGAAGUGUUUUUCUCGGAAGUCACGUCUCGUGAGCCACCAGAGAGUUCACACAGGAGAGAAACCUUAUGAAUGCUUGGAGUGUGGGAAAUGUUUUGCUCAGAAAUCAGUUCUCGUGACCCACGAGAGAGUCCACACAGGAGAGAAACCGUACGAAUGCUUGGAGUGUGGGAAGGGUUUUGCUGAUUCUUCAGCCUUUGCAAAACACCAGAGAGUCCACACAGGAGUGAAACCUUAUAAAUGCUUGGAGUGUGGGAAAUGUUUUGCUCUGAAACCCCAACUUAUGGUCCACCAAAGAGUCCACACAGGGGAAAAACCCUAUAAAUGCUUGGAGUGUGAGAAAUGCUUUGCUUUGAAAUCAAAACUCAUGGUGCACCAGAGAGUUCACACAGGGGAGAAACCUUAUAAAUGCUUGGAAUGUGGGAAGAGUUUUGCUGAUUCAUCAGCCUUUACAAGACAUCGGAGAGUUCACACAGGAGAGAAACGCUAUAAAUGCUUAGAAUGUGGGAAAAGUUUUGCUCUGAAAUCACAUCUUAUGAACCACCAGAGAGUCCACACAGGAGUGAAGCCAUAUAAAUGCUUGGAGUGUGGGAAGUGUUUGGGUGAUCCAUCAUCUUUUGCAAGACACCAGAGAAUCCACACAGGGGAGAAACCCUAUAAAUGCUUGGAGUGUGGGAAAAGUUUUGCUCGAAAAUCAUACCUUAUGAAUCACCAGGGCGUCCACACAGACAAUACACUGGGGGCUAAAUCCUACCCCUUUGGUGCCCAAAUCCAGCCCUCCAGAGUUUCCCAGAUGGGCCCAUCUCUUCCCCUGGACCCACCACCUUUGCUCCAACCACUGAUGAUUUUGUGGCUUCCUGGCUUUUCUACAGUUUCUCACCCGUUGUAAAAGGGUGAAAUUCCUUUUCUGAGACUUGGUUCUUGGCAGCAAGAUUUUUAAGAUACAAUAUGUUGAUAUCAAAGACUCGUAGAACAGUUGAAUUGGAAGGGGCCUAUAAGGCCAUC